AUGGGGGAUAAAAGCAGUGGUGCAGCGAGAGUGACAUGUAAAUUUUAUGACGAACUUGACGAAAUUUUUAGAAAGAGUCCAAGUGUUGAACCAAUAAGUGUUGCAUCUUCUCAUAAGUCGAAUAAUUUGCCAGCUGUAGACUCUGAUUCCGAUUCUGACAAAGAAAAUUUAAAAUAUCAGUCAAAAAAAAAGAAAACUAAACUUCAGAAAGAGACUAUUUCAAUGUUAUCAAUCUUUAAAGAUGAUGCAAAUGUAAGAGAAGCAGCUCGACAGGAUCGGCAUAGGGAAACGUUAGAUGCUUUCAAUAGGGCUAUUGAUUCUUAUGAAGCUCAAAUGCAAAAACUAAUUGAUAAAUUGUGA